CCAUCCUCGGCAGGUUUCCUGCCAGAUGGUGGCCGCGAAGGAGCCGCGGGUGGCUCGCGCUGAAACCGGGGGAGGCUCGCGGCGCAGAAGGGUUCGGCGUGAGCUAAGCUCUGCGGUCAACUUUUCAUGUCGGGGGAUAGGGACGCUGGAGGUUGAAGUAAGCUGAAGCUUUGCAUCUGGGCUUCUAUCAUAAUCUGAAAUUGGUGUGCAGUCUUUGGGAGUUUUGUAUGCUUUUGGAACAGGGAUUCAAAAAGAAGCCUUUCGCCACAACCUUUUACAUAUUACAAGGAAAAUAUUACAUAUUUUUCAAGGAAUGUUUACUGGUUGCUGAAGCUUAUGAAGGUGCUGAAUCCUGAAAUUAGUAUUUUAAAAAGAUACCUGUUCCUAGGCCCUUUGGCAAAAUAGCAGCAGAGGAAGGAGGAGGAGGAGGUGGAGGAGGAGGAGGAGGAGAGCACCACUGGACUGACAGAUAAGGAGGCACACAGCAAUGAGGUCCAUUCGAUCCUUUGCUAAUGAUGACCGCCAUGUUAUGGCAAAACACUCUACAAUCUACCCUUCAUCAGAGGAACUGGAGGCUGUCCAGAACCUGGUCUCCACCGUUGAACGUGCCCUGAAGCAUGUCUCAGACUGGUUAGAUGAAGUCAACAAGAUGGUGAAGCCAGACAAAGAAGACAUUAAGACUGAGGACAGUUCUGACAGUAAUGCAGUGGAUCAGAGAUGUGGGACAUUGUGUGGCGUAAUGAGAAUUGGGCUUGUGGCUAAGGGUUUACUGAUAAAAGGCGACAUGGACCUCGAGCUUGUUCUCAUGUGCAAGGAGAAGCCUACAGAGGCCUUGUUAUGUACAGUGUGCGACAACCUUCCUCCACAGAUUCAGAAACUUACAGAGGACACCUAUCAAUUAAAGAAGUGUAUAGAUGAAGCAGCUAUCUUGAUCUGCAACACAAAACAUCCAAAUUUAUGCCUGAAGGUGACCCUUACUUCUCCUCGUAUGAGAGAAGACUUGGAGAAGACUGAUGGAGAAAAUGUUGUGCUGAAAGAUCCUCCAGACUUAUUGGACAGGCAGAAAUGCCUAAAGGCCUUGGCGUCUCUGCGACAUGCCAAAUGGUUUCAGGCAAGAGUUAACGGAUUAAAAUCAUGUGUAAUUGUUCUCCGUAUUCUCCGAGAUUUAUGCAACAGAGUACCCACAUGGGAGCCUUUAAAAGGAUGGCCACUUGAACUCAUUUGUGAAAAGGCUAUUGCCACUUGUAAUAGACCCCUGGGGGCAGGAGAAGCUCUUCGUCGGGUAAUGGAGUGCCUGGCUUCUGGAAUUCUAUUGCCAGGUGGUCCAGGGCUACAUGAUCCAUGUGAAAAAGAACUAACGAACACACUUUGCAGUUUGACAGUCCAGCAAGCAGAGGAUAUUACAUUCAGUGCACAGCAUGCAUUAAGGCUCCUAGCAUUUGGCCAAAUUUAUAAAGUUUUAGAAAUGGACCCUCUGCCAUCAAAUAAGCCUACUCAGAAAUUUACCUGGAUAGACAAAGAAGGUAUAUCACUUAAGAGACCAUAUGAAGAUGGAACAGGGGAUGACAAGGAUCUGAUUAAAAAAAUGAAACGAAACUUAAGGAAAAUUCUUGACAGCAAAACAUUAGAUGCCAACCAGCCAAUGAAUGCUUUGAUGAGACUAAACCAAAUUCGUCCUGGACUCCAGUACAAGUUGUUAUCACAGUCUGGUCCUGUACAUGCACCUGUCUUUACUAUGUCUGUAGAUGUAGAAGGAACAAUCUACGAAGCCUCAGGACCAUCGAAAAAAACGGCAAAGCUUCAUGUAGCAGUGAAGGUUUUACAGGCAAUGGGUUACCCUACUGGUUUUGAUACCGAUAUGGAUUCAAUGAGUGCAGAUGAAAAAUCAGAUAGUGAGGGGAAAAAUGAAACAUUGUCUACAAAUUUAAGCAAUAAUUCUGCCAGCUCUACCACAGACAGCUCUAACACACUGGAGGUUCGAACUCAGGGUCCUAUUCUAACUGCUAGUGGUAAGAACCCAGUUAUGGAGUUGAAUGAGAAAAGAAGAGGCCUAAAAUAUGAGCUUAUAUCAGAAACUGGUGGAAGUCAUGAUAAGCGCUUUGUAAUGGAGGUGGAAGUAGAUGGACAGAAGUUUAGAGGUGCUGGACCCAAUAAAAAAGUUGCAAAAGCCAGUGCUGCGCUUGCUGCUCUUGAAAAACUUUUUUCAGGGCCCAAUGCAAUAGGCAAUAAGAAAAAGAAGAUUAUAUCUCAGUCAAAAGGGGUGGUAGCCGCAGCAGCAUCUAUUGCAGCCCAGGCCAUGAGAGGCAGAGGAAGAGGGGCAUUGGCAAGAGGAACCUUUCUCAGUGCCGCUACACCAGGAUAUUUGGCACCAGGUUAUGGAGCACCUUAUGGAUACAGUGCUGCAGCUGCUGCCCCAGCUUAUGGUGGUUUUUUCAUUGACAAUCCCUUUUACCAGCCUCGGACCAUCGCACCUCUUAUAAUUCACUUGGGUCCUCAAGAUUUCUUCUCCGACUUCUAGAACCAUCAGGUUGUGUGGCUCAAAUCCCCCUCUUUUCACGUGUUUCAUAAGUCACAAUUUAGAAAUGCUUAAAAACACACAAUUUGCCAAAAUGGCAUGGGGAAACAUUUACUUCUAAGAAUUUAUCUUUUACAACAAAGAUGAAUCCCUUAAGAUAAAAGCAAUAUUUAUUUUACGAUCAACUGAAUGUUGACAUUUCUGUUAUAUAGCAAUACAGCUAAUCUUUACAUAUCGCUUACUUGAAAAUUUUGUGAAUGUUUUAAUUAUGAAAGAACACUGCAAUAUUUUAAAUUGAUUGUAUAUUGAUUAGCAUGUAAAUUCUUGUCAGUCUUAACCACUUCAGUGCUGCAAAAUUAAUGUAUAAUCUAAAAAGCUUUUUCCUGAAUAAAAAUAUUCAUUUAUUGUAUUCUAAAUAACACAUUAACCUUGCUACUUUGCUUUUGUACAGAUUCCUCAUUAAAGAUUCUCAUUUUUAUUUUAGUUGUGCUAAAUAACAUUGCUAGACUUUGGUUUUCUGUGAUCUUUUAAUGGCCUGCUUUUUAUCGUUUUACAUUUAGAAUUAUAUAAAUAUAUAAUUCUUAAGCACCAUUUAAGAGAUUUAAUACCCUUAAUCGAUUUAGUUGCAAUAACCCUUUUUUCCACCAGCUAGCUAACAUUUUCAAUUUUAAAUGAGCUUUGUUUCCCUCUGGAUUAAACCAAAUACUCACAAAACAAUUGUUCCCGAGAGCGCAGUAAUAGAUGCAAGAACAUGGGGAUAAUUCAAACCCCAUCAAACUGUAGUAAAAAAAUCCUUUCUUUUAAAUUUUUUUAAUAUUUUGAUUGAUCUUUUCCUUAUUGUGUCACAACAGUGCUUGCUGUCACUAAAAUGUGCCUAAUUACAUUAUUUAAUAUUUUUAUAAGAACACAAACCUACAUACUGCUAUCAGAGCUCUUAGUAUCUUCUGAAAGUAUUUUACCUGCUGUUAACCAUGACCAGCAAUAUUUUCUAUUACUGUUUCUUCUAAAUUAAUUCAAAUUUGAAAUCAAUUAGAUAUACUUUUAAUGUGAGUAUGCAGUCAAUUAUUAUUUUGAAUAGAGGUUUUCUAAAGCACUCUUCCUCACUUAAAAAUGUAUUGAACCCUUUCUCAUGCUGAGAAAAUUACUGUUUUUCCCCAUUUCAGUGAGUAAUGUAAAAUUCAGCUGAAAUAUCAGAGGGGUCUAUUUCUAUUGUAGCCAGAAGUAAAUUUUUAAUUUUAGUCAAAAGCUGCUAGGGAAUGAAAAUGCAGUGUAAACCUGAUACUCCAGUCUAUAUUGAGCUGGACCUCAUGCAGCGUGACUACUGUAAUGCCAUUAUAAAUAGGACGCACAAGGACCUGACAGACAGACAGUUAGUUGUCAGUGACAACUGAAUACUUUCUUGCUGUUGAUUAUUUUAAUGUUAAGAAUUAAAUGUUUUUUGCAUAAGUGGGUGAAUAUCUCUUCCAAAAACUUGAACACCAGGGGCCUCAUGUAUAAACGGUGCGUACGCACAAAAAUGUUGUGUAAGAACGUUUCCACGUUCAAAUCGCAAUGUAUAAAACCUAAACUUGCCGUAAAGCCACGCACAUUUCCACGGUAGCUCAUACCCUGUCAUACGCAAGUUCUCUGCUCGGUUUUGCAGACUGGCGGCACCCAGCGUCAAAGCAGUGGUACUGUUCCUGUGUAGUUAUCCUUUCUUUUUUAGAUCCACAUCCCUGACGCGGCUUUAUAAAUAUACUGAAAUUAACCGCAUAUUGUUUAUUAGUUUAAUGCAUCUGAUUGUAUUUAACCUGUAACAAUAUAAUGGUCCACAGAAUGGUCAAACUAUUCUAAAUACCAUAACUGCUUUAGCGUUGUUACUCUCACUGCACCUUCUUCUUCUUCUUUCAGCUGCUCCCGUUAGGUGUUGCUACAUCGGAUCAUCUUUUUCCAUAUUACUCUCACUGCACCACUCGGAGUAUUUAUAUCACUGUAUCUCAGUGUGAAUCACAGCUGUACAGCAGCUGAUCGGAAAGAGAAUUAUCGGUAUACAGCAUCAAGCACACACUGCCUCAGCCAUGCUGUCUAUUAAACUGCUCUCAUAUGGCAAAUGCUUCAGAGCCUUUACUGUACUGACCUCGCAGUUCAGAAACAGUUUCAUCCCAAGAACUCUAAACGCACUCAAUCAGUGCAUCAAGUGCUCCUUGUAGAACUGUUUGUACUUAUAAGUACAAUCACCUCACUGUAAACUUGUGAUACAGUUAUAGUAUUGCACAACCUGAGCCACUUUAUAAAGCGCGUAUUUACAUAUGAUGAGAUAUAAUUUUUAAGAU